GUGAGAAAUGGCUACAGUAUGUGUCAAGUAUUUUUCUAUCAUUAAAUUCGGCGUUAAAUGAUUGCUAAAAUCGACGAAAACAUUCGCAAGUGAUACCGGAAGUGUACGUGCGUAAGUGGCGAGUGUUUUCCACCGCGAUCGUGUACGGGAAAGUGUGAAAUUCACGCAAUUUACUUUUUUACUUACAAUCGCUCGGUUCGAUCAUUCUCCUUCGGUGCUGUGUGGUACCUGCAAAAUACGUUCAAGACUAUCGGCCAGAGCGAGAAAGGCGACGACAGUGCAUUGGAGUGAGAGAACAUAGUCAUCCCGUUCGUUUCAGCUCAGUCACAGGCCUCGGAAAAGCAGCAGCAGCAGAAACACCGAGCGAUUCGAUCUGGCAUCGCUGACGCGAAUCACACCAUUAGUAACAUCGCUGUCUCGCGCGGUGUGCAGGCGAUUUUUUCGCAGUGCUCUGCUCCUUCUCAUGUCCCUAAAAUAGAAAUUUUAAUAUGUGAUGUAUAUUAGUAUUUAAAGUAAAAAAAACGAGUGAAAAGCUUUGAUUUCAUACGUAUAACGAAAAAGUGAAUAUAAUUAACGGCGCAGUGGGUGCAGUAAAUGCAUGUAGACCAAAAUUAUCGAGUGUGUAUAGACGCAAGUGACGUGUUAGUGAAAAAAAAAAUAGUUGUGCACCUCGAAGAAGCCUACUGUCAGUGUUUUUUUUUGUUUAAAUUUCGCAAAUAUCUACAAUCCGUCAUCCUCCGUGUCUUGCCAGAUGCGUGAUUGUAAACAGUCAACGCUUGGGAAGUGGUUAUUUUCCUAUAUGCACACACCGAAGACAGUUACACUGUUGCAUAAUUGAAUGAAUACGAGGAGCAAUAAAACAAGGUGUUCUCGUCUCGUCGACAUUACCGUGUGGAUGCACAAGCAUCACUCGCCAGCCAGUGAUUCGCUGAUAAAAACAACAACAAAAAUUACAACAGCAAAACCACUGCAGUGAAAAGCAGGAAGCAUCUUUGUUUUCGACGCCAACUGCGGAAACUGAAGAGUUCGAGGAGCUUAGAAGUUCGCAAAUCAGCUAAUCGCAUUUUCACAUUAAAUACCAACGAGGAAUAGCUAUAGGCGAUAUUUUUUUCAGGGCAUCGAUAUUUUUUUCUCUCAUAACGGAAUGCAAUAGUGUACAUAAAUAAGCAGAAAACGGAAAAUGCAACACUUCAUCUCUAGUAUCGAAAAUCAUACAAAGAAUUUAGACGUAUUAAUGAUCCUCAAUAUUAAGAAAUUCGAUAAAAAUAUCACCUGUACUGUUACUACUACUGCUACUACUAUUACUACUACAACUACUAAUAUUUCUACUACUUCAACUACUCAAAACAACACGAACAAGUCUGAAUACGCUUUUAAGAAAUCACUUAAUAGUUUGCUAAGUUUAACCGGAAAAGAAACGAGACAGGAUCUGUCGAAGAGGCAAGUGGAAAGGGAAGGCGAGCUGCAUCUACUAAUUCAAAUACCAACACUACUACUACAAUCGAUCGAUGAGUCUGAGCAACAAUCAGGGAUUGUAUCCGAUAUUAUACUAACUGUUAGUAUUAAUCCAUUAAUUUGUAACCAUACUGCAAAAUUGAUUAUCGAUUGUAUAGUGUUUGUGGUGAUUGAAGCAGGGCAGCGCGGGCAACGAUCGAAACUGAAACUCGCUGGACAAUACUAUGCACGAAGCGAACGCCGGCCAGAACUGAUGACGACAGGGGGCUACAAUAUUCAAACGAAUCAGAAAGACGGGAAUUUGAAACAUUUCGAUCAUCUGUUCCAAAGCACGAUGAAUAAGAAUGACACUGUGAAUAUGAUAUGUGAUUUAAUUGAUUACCUGAUAACAGUAAAUACUGAUCAUAGUAUAGUAAUUGAUGGAUGUAGUAGCUUGAUCUGUAUUGACCAAAAUGUAGAUUCUAAGGACAGCAAUGAUAAAGCCAUGGCAGGUGAUACAACCGAUGCUAAUACUUCCGAACAAGCCAAACGAACCUCGAAACUAGUAACAACGUACGUUAAGUUUGAUGAAUUACUGCGUAUGUCGGAAUGGGAAAAGACUGUGCUGAAAAGCGGUGUACGGCCGCGAAUGAGACUGUGUGGAGGAGGAGAAGAUUCGACCAAUAGUGGUACCAGUGCAUGGGGCGCACCCGCCCCCGGUAACCCGGGCAAUUCGUGGGGCUCGCUGAAUCCACAACAACCCGGAGCGUGGGGUAACAAUCCGCAGGCAGGGCCAGCGGGAGUUGCUGGUGGAAAUAUGAAACAGCAACAACCGGGGCAGCAACCCAAUCCAGUCGGCGGCCCGGCAGGCACUGCUGGUGGACACCCGGUAGGUGAUAAUGCCGAACCCAACGCGUGGUCAGGAGGAAACCCAGUGAAUCCUAACAAUGCCAACGUACAAAAUCAACCCAGUGGUGCUAGUAAUGUGGGUAAUGUGACAAUGAAUAAUCCCAACUCUGUUCAACCGCAGCAACCACAACAACAGCAGCAGCAGCAACAACAACAACUGGAGACACCACCACAAGCACAACCGAAUCCAAAAUUAGAACGCCUGAACACCAUGAUCGAGGCGCUCCAUGCGGUGGAUGGGUGGGGCUCGGAAAAUGUUAAUCAGGACAGCCGAUGGGAUGUGCCGGCUUCCCCUGAACCCGGUUCCAAACCUGACCCGAAUAGUGCAACCAGUGGUCCGACGGCUGGAAUUCCCAUGUGGAAAACAAACACCGGAACGGAAAUCUGGGAAGCUAACCUUCGCAAUGGUGGACAAAUGCCUCAACAACAACAACCUGUACAAAAAACUCCGUGGGGUCCAUCCACCAAUAUCGGUGGAACAUGGGGAGAAGAUGACGAUUCCAGUGAAACAAAUACUGUUUGGAAUGGAGCUACUGGUACGAACCAACCGGCGGCUGCACCCCAAGGUGUUCCGUCCCAGCAACCUCCCUGGAACGCUGCUAACAAUACUGCUAUGUGGGGUCCAGGUGGUGGUGGUGGUGGUGGUAGUGGUGGCGGUCCAUCAUCCGGCGCUGUUAAGAAAGAAAAUGACUGGGGAGGUAAUCCCGGUCCCGCUGGAGGAUGGGAUCAACGUAAUGCACCUCCUGUGGCACCCAGCGCCAUCGCUAGCAUGGAGUCUACUAACAUCGAUAUGCGUAACAUUCGAAUUACAGCAGGAAUAGAUGGGAACAGAGAAAUACGUGGUGACCCAAGGGGAAUUUCCGGACGAUUGAACGGUAAUGUCAAUCUGUGGGACCAGCAUCAGCUGCCUGGGAUGGCACCCAAUAAGAUUCCCCCUGUUACUACCCCCGGUACUCCGGCUGGCGGUGGACAGUGGCCUAGUAAUCAAGCUCCAGGUGGUCAUAACAACAAAACACCAUCUGGUUGGGAUGAUACGUCCGCUCCGAAUGUUCGGCGAAACGCGGAUGACGGAACAGCCAUGUGGAAUCAUGUACUUAGUCGUCAAAAUUCCACCGUUUCCAACUGGAAAGAGGGCCAAGAAGGACUGCAGCGUGAUUCUGUGCAACGCAAUUCAAUUGCUGGUGGCAAUUUGCCAGGAUUAGUCAAUUCACGAGAAGGUAGACUAAUUCUCAGAAACGCUGGUCCAAUGAAGCCCGAUAAUCUCUGGGGUCAAAACAAUGUUGGUGGGGGUGGGGGUGGUGGUGGUGGUGGUGGUGUUGGUGUUGGUGGUGGUGGUGCACGCGGGAACGGAGGUUGGGAGGACGCUGGUGGUAACAACUGGGAGGACAAACCCACCGGGUCGUUGUGGACGGAAAAUGCAUCAGCUGGAAAUUGGAACAAAAACAAACCGAUGGGUUCCAACUGGAACGAUGCGAACAUCGUAAACAUCGACAUGGGCCCUGACUGGAACAUCCAUGGAGGCGGUUUGAACAAACCACCGAACAAAAUCAACCCACUGGAAUUUAUUAGAAACAGUAAACAGUAUCGGAUGUUGUGUGAUAUGGGUUUCAAGAAAGAAGACGUUGAAACCGUUCUUCGCAUAUCGAACAUGAAUCUCGAGGAGUCGAUUGAAAUGCUACAGAGAAACGGAUCCACGACCGACUGGCGUCGAGGGGAUGAUCAUGGUCCUGGCUUUCCUGGUCAAUUUGCAGAUCGAUUCUCAGGCGCAGGAAACUCGUCACUUCCAUUUCCUCCGAAUAACCAAAACUUACUCAGUGGAUUCGGUGGUAAUCCUAAUAUCAACUCGUUUAAUAAUAUGAAGUUUGGAGGUGGUGGCGGUGGCGGCGGCGGUGGUGGUGGUGUCGGUGGCGCAGGUCCUAACGGGGCCACCGGAGCCCCAUUCGGUCAGCCAUCGAUGCUCAAUCAAAAUGCACAAUCUCAACCUUCCACCCAGCAGCUACGUAUGCUAGUCCAACAAAUACAAAUGGCCGUACAACAUGGUUACUUGAACCAUCAAAUUCUUAAUCAACCUUUGGCACCGCAAACUUUGUUACUGUUGAAUCAACUAUUGAAUCAUAUCAAGCAACUACAAGUAAUGCAAAGUAAUUUGAACCGUAGCGGUGGGGGUGGUGUCAGUGCUGUACAAAUAUCUCUUGCAAUUAAUAAGCUCAAAUCCCAAAUCGGUAAUCUGCAGAAUCAGAUUACUGCCCAGCAGACCAUCUACGUGAAGCAACAACAACAACAGCAGCAACAGCAACAACACCAGCAAAACAAUCCGAACCCGGUGUCCGGCGCCGGCGGACACCCAGGAAAUGAUUUGUUCCGUACGCCAAACGAUUUGUCCGGGCUACCUGGCAAUUUCUCCGAUAUGUCCUUGAAGGACAAUAAUAAUCCAUUCCCAACGGCGGGUGGUACUAGUCAACAGUCUCGAUUAACCCAAUGGAAGCUGCCGUCGACUGCGGCAGCUGACAAGGAUUCGGAUCUCACUGAUUUCCCCAGAGCUCCAGGGACUACCUCAAAACCAUCUGGACUCGGAGGGAUUGAUGAUGGCACUUGGUCCAAUGGUCGAUCUAAUAUGGGCGAUGGAUGGCCCGAUUCGAAUGCUCAAGACAACAAAGACUGGGCGGCAAAUGCGGACGCAUUUACCGAUUUGGUUCCUGAGUUUGAACCAGGAAAACCGUGGAAGGGCACCCAAACGACUCGCAUCGAAGAUGACCCCACUAUCACACCAGGAAGCGUGGCACGCUCCCCACUCUCCAUCGCCUCUGCCAAAGAAUCGAAUUUAUUUGCCAAUAGCAAUAGUUCUAGUAACCAUAAUAACAAUACUACCAAUAGCAAAUCCUCGCCAACUGAAUCAAUAACGUCCUCAACAUGGAGCUAUAAUCCUAACAGCACGCAUAGUGGUUUCGGUGGCUCCAAACUGUCGAAAAAUGCAUGGCCCGAUAGUAUUGUUCCUUCGGUUGAUUUGUGGGAUAAUCCACUUGGUAAGGGUGGUCGCGUUGCUCCUCCUGGGCUCAAAGGUGCGGGCGGUAAGCUUGAUGCGAAUGGGUGGAAUCCUCCGCAUGGUGCUGGUGGUGGUGUUGGUGUUGGUGUUGGUGGCGGUGGACCUGGCACACCUGGUUGGAACAGCGGUGUCGCAUCUUGGCCUUCAACGUGGAUCUUGCUGAAGAAUUUGACCGCACAGAUUGAUGGCUCUACUCUACGCACUUUGUGCAUGCAACACGGUCCAUUGCUUGCCUUCCAUGUGUAUCUCAAUCACGGCAUUGCGCUCUGUAAAUACUCAUCAAGAGAGGAAUCUAGCAAGGCCCAGUUGGCACUGAACAAUUGCAUGCUGGCAAAUGCCACCAUCUGUUCCGAGACUCCUACCGAAAGCGAUGUGCAGAACAUCCUGCAACAUCUGGGACCUCCUUCCGGCACCAAUGGAUUAACCGGAGGUCAAUCCGGUGGUCAAAACUGGAGGCUAGGAGCCGCUGCUCAAUCGCAAUCCAUGCGCAAUCCAGCUGCUGAUACCUGGAGCUCAGCUUGGCCAAGUAGCACUGCCGGAUCGAACCUUUGGGCACCUUUGGACGGUCCAUCCGAUCGAGCAACACCAGCCAAUUUGAACUCAUUUCUACCCGAGAGCUUGCUUGGUACGGAACUAAACUAAGCAGAACGAAAAGAUACAAAAAAAACACAUAAACGAUCGUAGUAAUUAAGUGAACAAAGUAUGCAACGUUUAUUGGAUAAUGCGAUUUUGUUGGACAUCAAAGAACGAAGGUAGCUGAAGGCCUGGGUUUAUAAAAGAAGUGUCUUUUCACAGUCAGCGGUUUCGUCUGGCGUAGUAUUAAGGUGUUGUGAAUGUUUUUAUCAUUUUUUUAAAUAUAACGAUAUACAUUUAAUAUAUAUUUGAAACAUACAAAAAUUAAAAAAAAAACAAAAGCAAACCUAAAAAUGCAAAAAAACCAACACAAACACAUACACAAAACAUUUCAAGUCAAAGAAAAGUCUAGUUAUAUGUUUCACAUGUUAAGUUUUACAAUAAUUAUAAAUUAAUUUCGCGAGUGAGAGGAUUCGAGCCCUCCAAAAAACGAAGCAUACAAAUCCUAUUAACUUUAGGUUGCUUUAGAUAUAUAAGUCAGAUGAGGAUUCUGUUCUUUUUCAAUCCUAUUAUUUUGUACUAGCUGCAUUCGUUUCCACCGUCACGCCCCCCACAGAAACGGGGCUGCGGCUCGUGGGAUGAUGACUCACGCAUACAUAUUUCAGUCAAAAAAAGUAAAAAGUCACAAACAAUUAUGCACAUUUUGCAGUAGGUGAAAGCAAUUUAUAAGAAAAUCAAAUGUGGUAUUAGAAUAUAUUUCGACGUAAGCAAAUCUAUAAGAAUUAAAAACAAAAGCAAACACAAAAAAAGAUGUUACUGAUGGUGAGGAAACACAGUCGGAAUGACUAUGGUUUGCCGCCGGUUUCCCGGUAGCCAGUGUGAGAAGACCUACCUACCAAAAGGGAACUGUUGCAAAUUUUCGCUAAAAUGUAGGACCUUAAUCGAUUCGUUCGAACCUGAAAACGCUUCUCAACGAACGCCAUUUACAAGAAAGCUUUGAAAUUUAAGAGUAUUGUUAAAAUAACACUACGCGCUAGUACUGCUAAUUAUACUUUGAGAAGUUCUGAAUAGGAACGACAAAAUGAUAAUAUUUAAGCUUAGGCAUACCUUAAAGACAAGGAAAAAUCACGGAAAAAAACAUAGCAUGAGCAAGAAAUACAUAUAUUUCACUCAUUUUAUUGAAUAUUUUUAUCGGAUUGUAGAAAAUUAUUGGUUGUAUUAUUUAUUGAAAAAUGUAUUUUUUUUAUUUUUGUUUUAAGAAGAAAAAAAAACUUAUAAAAAAAAUCCGAUUAUCUGAAAGUUUAUUGGCGAUGCCAGCCAUAGAAUGCGAACUUUAUUGAUGAAAGUAAAGUGAUAAGGCACUAGCCGCUAGACACGUCUCAUACCAACAAUUGUAAGUAAUUCUCAUCAGAGUGUUCGUUGUUUGUACUCCGUCAAUUUACUAGCACAACACAAUUAUUGUGACGGCAAAAUCAAUCAAACGCUGAUUUACGUUAGAAAACUUUGUAUUGCAAAUCUGAACUGUUGACAUUAACCAAAGUGCACGCCGUCUUUUAAGGUAUAGCCGUUUCGGUUACUUCGGAGCUAUGGAAUUUUUCUUUCACUAGUUGAAAAAAAACAGUUGUUCGUCAAACGAUUUUCCAUCUGGUUCUGCGUGAAAAAGGUGCAUGAUGCUUACUUCUCUAUGAGUGUGAUUCAGGAAUGAAAUUGAUUCACUGUGGUUCUGUGGAAAACGGGCCAGUUAGUCGUUAGAAGUUAGUUGCUGCGCAUUGAUGUAAAUUCAUGACGCUAGAAAAGCCAAUAUAAAUUAAUCGCGUAGCAAUGGUUGACCCUGACAUUCUUGUUUCAAAAGCGAAUCUUCAUUCAAGAUUGUGCUUCGAUUGUGUUGUGGUAAAAAUGUUAGUAGUUUUGAUAUAUUUAACUGCCAUUUCAUGUGUAAGCCAUUAAUAUUUAUAAAUUAUAUAAUUUUCUUAUUGCCAGUUUGAAGGAAGACAUAUUUCAAUAUCAUCUUCAACGUAGAAUUCAACCAGUUACGGGAAACAGUUAUCGUUCGAUCAGCAUUCUGAUGCUGAUUCAAGGAAACUUGCUUCGCACUGGGUUGGGUUGAGUAUUCGAUAUAUUCGAAGUGCCAAAUCACGUAAAAAAAGUUUUGACGGCGGGCUUGCAUACCAAUGUGACCUUUAAACCAUUCAACUCGCUUCCAACGAACCUACAGUGAACAAACAUUUCGUUCGAUUUUGCAUCACGAUCUGUCUCUUCUUGAAGCAAUGCUCCUUGCUUGCCAUUUAGUUUAUUCCAAAUAAUAAUAAUAUCCGUAACAUUUCAUAUGACGAAUGAACAUUAAAACUGAAACAAUGAUUACCCUUAAAAAACUUAGCCUAUGUAAGCAUUAUUUUUAGCGUUAGUUUCCAAUAAGCUUCAAAGCAAAGCUCAUACUAUACGAUCCUGCUGUACGAUUGAGUUUACUACUUUGUGAUACUAAUUAAAUUCUAGGUUUCAAACCAUUCUCCAAAGUUGAUUUUUCAAACUACCUUACGACAGGAAGUAAACCGUGAGACGCUUCCCCAUACGGGGUGGGGGAAGAAACAGUAAACCACAUUUCCCCGUGAGAACUUCUACUAGCAAUCGAGAUCACUUGUGUUAGGAUAUAAGAGUUUUGACCUUCUUUCCAGUGUGUCGCUAGAGUUUAGUGAAACUGUUUUCUAGUUUAAGUUGUAUCUUAACUUCCAAUCCCAAUAAUGUGCAUAUAUUAAUGAACCUGUUUUCUAGUUUAAGUUGUUUUUUUUAUCUAUCUCAUCUUCCAAAUCCCACAAUGUGUGAAAGUUAUUCAUUAGAAGUAUAUGCGACUUUAAGCUGCGGGUUUGGUAGCUUUGGCAAUUGAAUACUUGCGCCAAACGUGAGAAACAGAUGUUCGACAUAUGGACUCUAGAAUUUUUAUCUUCCCAUUUGUAAUAUUUUAAGCUUUUUUUUGAGGAGAAAAAGAAUUCAAUCUAUGGGCGGGUGUUUCAAAAAUUGAACCUAGAGUGACACUGUCGUAGUUGUUUGUUUCAGUAAACACUCUACGUUGUAACUUAUACUUUUCAACAUUUUUUUUUUCAACUAAAAUUGUGCUUCAACUAAUCACUUUAACAGGAGUCGUUUAUUAAAUGUGGAAAUACUGAAUCUUAUCGUUCUAGAUCACUAAUCCACUACCUCUACCUAAUGUAAGUGGUACAAUGCUGAUUUCUUGUAUAGAAUUUAACAAAUUGUAUUUUUGGAUAGGGCAUUUGAAUUCGAGGCAUUGUUUUUCGAUCUAUUGGUACUUCCGCUAGUCGCGCUAGUCCUCUUCGAUUGAACCCAUCCAGCAACGGUGAGGCAGGUUUUGCAACUGAUGCACUACUGAAGCUUCUCUUUCGAGUUCCACAGGUCUUCUCUUCCGGUAUUCAUCCAAUCCUUCCUGGUUUAAGUCUAAUGAAAAAAUGCUUUAAGUGUCUGUCAUAUCGUGAUACUUACAUCGCAAUUGUCCUGAAAGCAUAGGGUGAAAAAAAUGAAACAAAAAUCUGAAAAAUUAGUUCCACUAAUUGUACCAUCUUCCGUACUUCGUUUAUUAUUUGUCAGACUUGUUCAGAGUCGGACACAGCCCUUCCAUUUUCAAGCAAUCUUUAUCUGGUCCAGUUUCAAAACAUUUUUAUCAAUGAGAUCCUCAAGGCAACGGCAGAUGUUACAAGACAUCUUUCCGAUAUCGACUGCCACGUGCGCGUUAUGUCAGACUUCGGGGUCUAUACACUAGGGUGCGAUAUUCUGCAAUACUCUGUUCAAUGUACAUCGAAAUCGAAUAAUCCUACGGGUUAAAAUCCGCACUGACUGGCCUACAUAUCUUUCGUUUAAAACGUCCUAGUUUUCAUUGCUCAUCGUUGAGUCUUAUUUGACAUGUAGCAUAUGAUGCAACGUACUGAUACUCAGGAAAACUUCCCUCUUAGCGAAACACUUGGUCUUUCAAAGAACCGAUAUAUUUUUUUUAUUGAUUUUAAAGCCCACUUAAAUGAAAACAGACGACAUUUUCAAAUCGUUAGAUGCUAAACAUCAUGACAACAGUUGCAUCUUUGGUUUGGAACUGAAAUUUCACUUACUCCGGAUCAUUCUUAAGUUAUUUCGAUGGAAUGAAUCAAUUUGUUGGUUCAACUGUUGGACACAGCAUCGAUCAUUAACAUUUCUUCCUUGUUCAACGAACGAGCUGCUCAUGGUUCCUCUAUCUGCUCUGUAAUCAUGUAGCGUUUCACUCAAACUCUAGAGAAGAAGCGUAGAUGUCUUUUUUUUUUGGUAAUUCAAUAUGGUUUUUCUAGGUUUUAAAAAUUUGCCAAUAUUGAGCGCAGAAUUUUUCUCUCUAAGACGCCGAGUUCUCGAAUAUCUGGUUCCUUCAACGAGUAUGUCUCGUGACCAUAUAUGUAUCAACGAAAAAGUUUUGAGCGUGUCUGCAAGCUAUGGGAUUUCAGCUGGUUACUAGUAUUAUUCCAAGAUAUAUGAACUCGUCAACAACCUCGUAUCAUACCGCCUCUUCCACAGCUCUGAGAUCAACACCAAAAAACCAGUGUCGUCCUCAAAACCUAGAAACAUGUGAAAUUUUUUGAUAUUGGUUCCGUUUUUCUGCACACCGGAUCUUCGUAUCGAAUCUUCGUACGCUACAUUGAACCACAAAUUUGAGUCAUUCAUACCAGUUAUAUUAACGAUUUUCAUCCAUCAAGCGUCGCACGAAUCAGUCUAAUCAGCUGUGUCGGAAAACCAUGUUGAAAUCAACAACUUACUCCUACUCUUUCAGUCGUAGACCACGCGGUUCUCUGCUGGAGGCGUCUUCAUUCAACUCGGUUCAUGGCUGUUCGCCGCCAGCCUCGGAGCUGCGAAGGGUCCGCAGGUCGUCCUCAAUUUGAUCGAUCCAUCUUGCCAGCUGCGCGCCUCUUCUUCUUAUACCGGUCGCAUCAUUAUCGAGGAUCAUUUUAACCGGAUUGUUCUCCGACAUUCUAACAACAUGCUCGGCCCACCGUAACCGCCCGACCUUGGCCGUUUGGACGAGGGUUGGUCCUCCCAGCAACUGGUGCAGUUCAUGGUUCAUUCGCAUACAGCAACCAAGUAGUGGUCCGAAUCUAUAUGCGCACUGCGGUAUGUGCGAACAUUGUUGAUGUCCGAGAAAAAUUUUCCGUCGAUCAAAACGUGGUCGAUUUGGUUUUUGGUCUGUUGGUCAGGUGAUCUCCAGGUAGCUUUGUGGAUAUCCUUGCGGGGAAAGAAGGUGCUUCUGACUACCAUUCCUCGGGAGACCGCAAAGUUGACACACCGUUGGCCGUUGUUAUUCGAUGCGGCAUGCGGGCUGUUCGGCCCGAUUACCGGUCGGUACAUUGCCUCCCUUCCUACCUGGGCAUUCAUAUCACCGAUGACAAUUUUUACGUUUCUGCGUGGGCAGCCGUCAUAGGCUUGUCCCAGCUGCACGUAGAACGCUUCUCUCUCAUCUUCGGUCUCCCUUCGUGUGGGCAGUGCACGUUAAUGAUGCUGUAAUUGAAAAACGACCUUUAAUUCUCAACCUACACAUUCUGGCGUUGAUCGGCUGCCACUCAAUCACUCGCUGACGCAUCUUGUCCAGCACUAUAAAGCCAGUUCCCAGCUCGUUCGUUGUGCCACAGCUUUGGUAGGAGGUACCCGCUCGAUGUCCGCUUUUCCACACCUUCUGUCCCAUCCAACAAAGCGAAGUUGGGAGGAUUUAGUUCGUCGUAUAUUAUUCUGUCGCAGCCUGCGAAACCUAGCGACUUGCAGUUCCAUGUUCCAAGUUUCCAAUCGUAGUCCCUAUUUCGUCGCGUGGGUCUAUGCCGAUUGGUCCAAGGUCGUGUUCUCUUCUAUAUUAUUUGUAAUAAAUAUUUUACGGGCGGCUUAUUAGGCCUACGCAAACAACCAGGAUCAUCGUGCUUGCUCUGUUUAACGUCCCAACUAGCACUAGGACGAUCCCGUUGGUGGGGUUGCCACCUUGCAUUCAGCUGGACGGGAUGCAGCAUUUCAUACUCAGCCGCUGGAUACCAGAACAGACCGCUGUUUGAAGCCGCUCCUAACAUGGAGUACAAACGCUUCGACAUCCUCUAAAGAGGACCCCCUUCCCUGUCAGCAUACGACCAAGGUCCCACCGGGGUUGGUUACCCGAUCUUUCCUAUGGUUGCUCGUACCCCAGCCGGUACCGCGGGGAGGUAGGGAUAGGAGUUACUGGACAAGAGGCUAAGAGCCACACUGGGGCCUGAAUUACGCAUUGUCCAGGCGUUUACCAAUCAACAAACAGAUGAUGAUUGUCUGCAACUAGUAUUUCCGAAACUUGUGAAGAAUUUGUCUGGUCCGUCGUUGAACGUCCUUCCCGAAAAUGGCAUUGGUAUUCGCCGACGAAGCAUUCUACCAACGGAUGCGAUUUGCUGAACGGAACUCUAGACUGUAUCAUGUAGGCGGUAUUGAGGAGUGUUAUGCCUCGAAAGUUUUUACAUUCGAGCCCACCACAUAUGAGACCAUUUACAUCAUUUGUUCAAAUUGUCUCUAUUUGCAAAGUGGUUCGAAGUUUAUUUACCGAAACGAUUGAAAUAAAUUCGAAAUUUUAAGUUCUGCAUCUUUUGAAUCGUGGCAUUUUGCUUCUAGUUUAACCUUUAUUUCUUCAAUUUUACAAAAUUUCGAUUUUCGAGCUGAAGAAAGUGUGAUUUGAAUUUCCCCAUUUUCCCCUAUAAUUUAUUUGUGGCAUAUUUUUGCAUAUUAUAACUUAUUGAACCGAAUCACGAUAUUGGAUGAAAAAAAAAAAUCAAAAUAAGGCAAAUUUUCUAGUUCCUCGAAAACUCUAAUAAAGUUUUACUCGAACAUGACGAACAUGGCGGACCGCAGGACCGCUUACUUACCUUAUCCACCAGCCUAGUUUUGAGGUAUUGUUCUUUGCUGUAUCUUGCAUGGCUCCAUGUAUGUAGUUCGAUCCAUGGCCGCUCUUCGGCGAUCACUCAGAGCAUUGAUACUUCGUAAAUCAUCCCCCACUUGAUCGAUCCACUUUGCUAGCUGUGUUCCACUUUUUUUGCGCCUACCGGAUCUGAUUCGAGAGCCCUUUUCGCUGGAUUGUCGGUCGGCAUCCUGAUGACAGUCGUUUAAGCAACUGUUGUAAUUUGUGGUUGCAGUUUUGUAGAUAGUCAAUUUCGUACGGGGACGUAUUUUACUCGAUUGGAGCCCAAAUACAUCGUCGAUAUGAUGUCAUCAGGACAUAAUACAAUUUUCAUGCUAGAAUGGGACGUUUUUCAAAUUCAAAAUUUUGAAACUGUGAACGCAAGCGCAAGCGUUCAGCGUAAACCAUAGCAAAAGCAGGGAUUGUUGUAAAAUAAGGACAUUUCGGGCUGUUCCCUAAAAUAUUCCUUACUGUUUGUUAAUCACGAUUCAGUUUAGCACUUUUUGCCGAAAGAUUUAUUGGAGUGGCCAGUCACGUACCCAGAGGGGGGCCCGGCCCCUUCCGAAAUCAAAAACAGAUAUAUAAUUAUUCAGAAGGUCUCAUAUGUUACAUAAAUAGCAAGACAGUAAACGUAAAGAAAUUUAAUACAAUAACAGUUCCAGUGGAAUAGUUUAAAAUGUCUGUUAAAAACACCCGUGAAAGGCACACCAAGAAUUAGGUCCAUAAGCAAUCUUCAGUAACAUUAUAUUUUAUCUUUGGGUCCCUCCCGAAACGAAAUCCUGGGUACGGGCCUGGGAGUGGCCAUGCCCUUCCAAUAUUUUGGCUACCGGAAUAAAUAUUUUAAAAUUUGAUAGAAAUAUCUUAUGAUGUUUAUGAACACAUUUUUAUGUUAUCCCCGUAAUCGUUCAUAUUCCUUGACUAAGUGAUUAAAAAUUUUCAACUAAUUUACUACAAUGUGAAAUGUGCUAUACUUUACCACUUUGAAAUAUUGGUUAUUACUGAACCAGUAAGGAAAAUGUUCGGAAAAACUAUAUUCUUUCCGCUUUGAACGGUAACAUAAAAUAAAAAUGGUUCAAAAUCUUUUACUAAUUUGCAGGGCGGUAAUUUUUUUUUGGUAAAUCUUCAUGGGCACACUAUUGCCUGUCGUGAAUGAAUUCAAGCAACUCGACGUCAACAUUUCAGAACGGGACAUGAAAGCAAUCUUCUCUUGAGCGUAUAAUUGAUUCAUAUUUAUGACAUCCCCCUAGCUUUUCGUGUAAAAUGAUAAUCAACACUGGCAACCAUUGCGAUCGAUGCUAGACGUUGAUCUAUUAUUUUUAAUCUUUCGCUCGUUGACCAUUGAAAGAAUACCAAAUUUCGUUCAACAUUAGUUGAGAUUUCAUACGUUAAGCGUUUCUGAUACAAUUUUCUAGCUGAUAAUAUAAAAUGAAACUAUCGGAUUUUGACUAGAUGACUAGAUAAAAACAAGAAUUUCUCCAAGAGAUCGAAAUGCCAAAUUGUAACUAAAGUAGUACUAGCUAUAGUAGAAACACCGUCUGGAAAAGAUGAGAUAAAACAACAACAUUCAGUGUUAAUCCCGGUUCGCUAGUAGCAGUAAGCAAGCGUAAGAAGUGACAUUUUGCAGCCCAUGCAUGGUAGAUGCUCAAGUAUUGUGGCUUAUGUGCAGGCUAUGAAAGUCCAGUUAAAAUGUACGUGCAAUAAAUAAUACUAUUUUUACAUUGGACAAAAUCCCCGUGGUAGUGCGGUAAACCGCAUAAAUUCAAAUUCAAAACCGAAUAGUGUGAUAUUUUUUCGAGAUAUUCCAUCAUAUUAUGUAUUACGAAUCAAAAUUUGCCAUGUUUAUUAUAAGGGAUUGUGUGUAAGCAUUUCGGAUUUACACUGCCUGCCUUGGGUGUUUGACGAUGAUCUGAAUGCAUCACACCUUCUUUAUAUGACGAAACGUUUACUGAUUCAUUCACAGACAGAUAUCCAUUAUAGAAAUAGAAUUUAGUUCGCAAUCCAAACUGAAAUCAGAAAGCUCAAACGGUUCCCCGUAGUCAGCCGAGAAGAACAUGUCGCUAGUUACCAUUUCUAAUUCUUAAUUAGUUAAUCGAACGCAGAACUUAACAUCACUCGAAAUAAAGACUCAAUUAAAGCUAAACAAAAGUAAAAAGUACGCAGACAAAACGUAAAGCGAGACCUUGAUUAAUCUUAUUACCACAUGACUUAUUGAUAUCGAUUAGACAUAGGACAACAAUUAGUAGCUGCUAGUGGAAGGAUUAUCAACUAGGGACAUAAAUCUCACGCCUGCAGAAAUUGAUCCUCGUUUUUUCCUAAUUUAAGGUUUACCUCUGUUAUUUUUUGCUGUCAAACCAAUGAGAACCGACGGUUGUUGAGCUGUUAAAGCUAACUUAGGCUAGACAUCUUAUUAUAAUUAUUAAAAAUAAUACGAAUAAAACGAAAAUUUCCACGCUUUUUCAUUCCUGAUGAAAGUGAAAAAUCAAAUAUACAUAAUCGAAGUCAGCAGCAGUUUUCAAACGUGGUACGAUAUUCACAAAUGCUUCCCUCAAAACGUGUAACGUGGUUCGCACAUUGAGAGACACGGAAUGAAGGAAAUAAAAUGAAAACCACUCAAAUCAAUUAUUGACUAAAAGUGAUCUGUAAGUAAACAAACCAGCACAUCCGACUGUUAAUUCCCAACUGUGUGAAACAAACGUGGUGCAAACAUUGUAUUGUGUAAUCCUGAAAUUUGCCAUUUGCGAAACGCAAAGAAAAAAGAAGUGAGCUGUUGUUUUUUUGUUGUUUUCUAACGCAAAUCUAUGCCAUUUCUCUAGCAUAUUUGUCAUAACUUGUAAGAGGCACACCGAACUAGAAAUACCGACAGCACAAUUCACAAAUGCGUAGGACGUUGUACUGCGAAAUGGACACCUGAGAACAAUUGCAAACUAUCAACAUUCUAUGAAAAGGAAUGAAUACCAAUGAAUUCCAAUAACUGAGAAAAAAAACCGGAACCACACAAGGAAUGUUUGAAUUUACACAACAAAAGAAUAAUAUUUUACUAACAAUAGUUAAAUCUAAUACGGUGAAGUGUUCAUUUAUGUAGUAAUGUGAAAGUAACAAAACAACUGUAGUUUUAUUUUUUCAGUUAAGUAUAAUUACACUACGUGACCAAUGUCACAGACUAGAUUCACAAAAUGAAACAAACAAAAAAAAAAAAACAAAAUAAUAAUUAAACAAGACUGAUUUAACUAUAACGGUUAAUGAGAAAAAAACAUUGUAAUAAUUACAAUCACAUAUGAACAACAACAUAUACAUACGUAUCAUGAUUUCUACCUAUAUUGAUGUGCAAAAGACGAAAUUAACAAAAAAUAAAAUGAAAAAAAACCUACCCUUGCUCUUGAGGAAACAUGGCUUUCCGAACGUGUCGAAGUGGCACACUGGACUGGACUGUGCAGUGCUAGUUGCGAAGUCUGUUACAAAUGUUUGCAUAACCGAUAGCUAGGGGCCUAAUCAUGCUAAAGAUCUCGAGUGUCAAAUAUUCGAGUCAAUUGUUCUGCCACCGGAUGUGUAGUUAUCACAUCCUUCUAACUAGAACUGUUCAAAUGUGUUAUAGAGGCUGCUAUAGGCAAAAUAAAAAAAAUUAAAAAAACCACAAAACAAAAAUAUCACGGCGGUGUCAUUAGAUUAAUCUAUUUCAAACGACGGGCGGCGAAACAGAAAUUCAUCUAGGUCAUAUCAUAUAUCAGUUUACUUCCAUCUGUGCACUUCUCCCUCCAAGGGUGCAGUCCAUUUUUCGAUCAUUAGUCGAUCUUCUUACAUUACUGUUUUCAUGAAAUGAGUUUGAUUGUGCGUUUUAGCUGUUAGUGUGUUUAACUCGACUAUCUAAAAAAAAUGUUUAGGUUCUUAAGAACUUUACAGGAACAGAAACAGAUCUGAGGGAUGCACAGCAUCCGUCAGCUGGUUCUUGGUUAACAUAAUAUGUAUUUAUUAUACCCCAAUUGAUAGCAAACGCUCAGCUCGGCUCUUUUGCGAGCGCUUACAAAUCAAGAACUAACAUUAAAAAAAACACGAGAUACCACUAUCCAAACCUCAUCUGAACAUAUUCGGGUAAAAUUAAAUUUACGCAAAUCUGACCUCUGUAGUGAGAAAAUAUACCGGCAGACCGGGCAGAUUCUGCUACGUGAAACCAAACCGCGGUUCACAGACAAACACACAUACAAAACAGACCUUUCGAUCGAUACAUUCUAGUCACUGAAACUGUGUUAAAAUGAGAUAAUAAACGAACCCCUUGCCUAGUUUGUGGCAAUCUGUGAAGUUGGAAAACUCCAAUCAGUCAGGCUGAAUCCAAACCACGCAUGCAAACACACUCACACACAUACAUUCUGAAUAUGUAGUUAAGUGUUCCACAUGGUUCACGAUCUGUCGAAAACACCAGUACACACUCUGCACUACAUCCUCUGAUGAUGAAGUGCCGUAGUAACCAGAUGUCAUCGCAUUUGACUCGAUUUGCCAUACGAUCUACAUAUGAACAAUCCAAAAUAAAUCUAUUAGGAAAAAAAAUUAAAGAAAGCGAACCUAGAAUCAGCAUUUUAACUCGAGAGGCCAAACAGAUUGUAGAUUGUAGUGUACAAAUUGUACAAAAGAAUGCAAUUCCAUCUGGUUAUCGACUCAUGAUGAAGCUGCAUUUUCAUAGUUCAUUAUUUACCGGUUCAGAUUGAGACAGUUUUUUUUUGCUUUGCUUCGAUUCGAGUUUUAUGCACGUCAUGGGAAUCAGAAUUAAUCGUGCACCAACAUUAUUUUGCCCUUGACAGAGCGAAGGAAAGUCCUUUCCUUUUGUCAGAAUCAGAGAAAACCAAACAACGGGAAUUUCGGAACUUCUGUACUCAUUCCCACAUUAUCAGAUCCGAAUGGAUUCCGAAUCGGCGAGAAAUUCUAUGUGGAAAUCAUAAUGAAUUCGGUAUCAAUUCCAACUCCAGUGCAACAACCGAAUCCGAAUGAGUUUCGCCUACAACCGGUUGAUUCGGAAAUCUGUCGGAAUUCAGUGAGAAGAUGCGGAUUGAAUUGUCAAUUCGGCUUCUUCUUCUCAUUCUUUCCCGAUUUUGCACGUUUUCGUGCUGAUUAUCAGUUUAUUUUUAAAUGAAAACGUUAUAUAACUGAAUACAUAAAUUUAAAUCUUCAAGUUUUUCGAAUAUACCGAACUAGUAAAUAACCAGUUCUUCUUAUAAUUUCAGCAUAAGCUGUUGAAAUUCGCUGGAAGUUAACAAAACGGCCUACCUUAGUCAGCAUCAUUCAUUCCUCUAGCUGAAGUGUAGUGAAAUGGCUUAAGUCGCCUAGCUUUUACACUAACCCAUUCAUACCCACAUUAUCGAAAUGACGGAAUGCGUAAUGAAUUCUUACUCGACUGCAUGAUUUUUCAGUGCUCGAUCGGUUCAGUGCAAGAAUUUUUGCCUGAGUUGGCUGCUCGAUCAACCUGAUUGACAGUGACAUUAUAAAUGUCAUUGAAUAUUCGCUCAUUUUAUGAAUGUGUUAGUGUAAAAUUUAGGCGACUUAAGCCAUUUCAUUACACUCCAGCUAGAGGAAUGUAUGAUGCUGACUAAGGUAGGCCGUUUUGUUAAUUUCCAGCGAAUUUCAACAGUUUAUGUUGGAAUUUUAAGAAGAACUGGUUAUUUACUAGUUCUGUAUAUCCGAAAAACAUGAAGAUUUCAAUGUGUAUAAUCAGUUAUGUAAUGUUUUCAUUUAAAAAUAAACUGAAAGUCAGCACGAAAACGUGCAAAAUCGGGAAAGAAGAAGAAGAAGACAAAUUGACAAUUCAGUCCGCAUCUUCUCACUCAAUUCCGACUGAUUUCCGAAUCAACCGGUUGUAGGCGAAAUUCAUUCGGAAUCGGUUGUUGCACUGGAGUUGGAAUUGAUUCGGAAUUCAUUAUGAUUUCCACAUGAAAUUCCGAAUGAAAAUUUCUCGCCGAUUCGGAAUUGAUUCGGAAUCCAUUCGGAUCUGAUAAUGUGGGUAAAAUGAGCGAAUAUUCAAUGACAUUUCUCGGUUGAUUUUUCAUUAGGGCGUAUAAGCAAGUGACAGUUUCUCUUUAAUCACUCUCUCUUUCGAUUAUUGUGAUGUGAUUAAAAAGAUUUUCUUUGAUAUUACUAUUCUGUUUGAAAGUCGAAAGUUUCGGGUAUCAUUUCAUGCAAUGAGUUGAGUGAUAAACGUGGAAACCGCUUGGUAAUUAAUAGAAGAGAAUGUAAACAAAGAGAAACUGUCACUUGCUUAUACGUCCUUUUGAAAAAUUAACCGAUUUUUAUAAUGUCACUGUCAAUCGGGUUGAUCGAACAGCCAAUUCAGGCGAAAAUUCUAACACUGAACCGACCGAGCACUGAAAAAUCAUGCAGUCGGAUAAAAAUUCAUUGCUCUUUCCGUCAUUUCAACAAUGUGGGUUCUAGUUAGCCGGAAUUGAGGAAGAAAAGGCGUACUGAAUUGUCCAUUCGUUUUCGUUUUCUUCUUCUCCGAUUUCGCAGUUUUCUUGCAGAUUUGAUAUAUAACUAGAAACUUUUAUUAUAUAUAACUAGAAAAUGACCAGUUCUUCCUAGAAUUCCGGCAUAAACUGUUGAAAAAUGUAAUGAAAACGAACAAAAAUAACUUUACUUGGUUGGCAUCGUUCAUUACAUACAACAUACAACAGCGUAAGUCACCUGACGUUUACACUAACACAUCCAUAACGUUAGCUUAAAAUCAGUGACAUUUAGAGCGAAAAAUUCUAAUUAAGAAUUCCAUCCCAGUUAAUACGAACUCCGAAUCAUAUUCGCCGCCAACCGAUUGGAAAUGAGGAAUUGAGUAAGAAAAAGCAUACUAAAUUGUCAAUUCGUUUUCGUCUUCUUCUUCUUUUUCUUCUACGAUUUUUCAUGUUUUCGUAAUGAUUUGUAAAUAAAUUCGAAAUAAAAAUUUCAAAUAGCAGAAUAUAUAAAUUAAAAACUCUGAGUUUUUCGGAUAUAUAGAACUAAUAUAGAAUCAGUUCUUCCUUGCAUACCAGCAUAAACUGUAGAAAUUUGCGUUAGUCAGCAUCGCCUACUCCUCUAGUUGAAGUGUAAUAAAAUGGCGGAAGUUGCCUGACAUUUACACUAUUCACGUAUUCACGAAGAGAGUAAAAUUCACGAAGAGAGUAAAAAUUCUCUUCGUAUUCACGAAGAGAGUAAAAAUUCAAUGACUGUCAUUCGAGUUGAUCGAGUACUCAAAAACGAGCAGUCAAGUAAGAAUUCACAACUCAUGUGCUCGACAAACUCGAUUGACACUGUCGUCAUAAACGUUGUUUUAUAUUCACUCUAGUUAUGAAUGUGACCGUUUUCGUUUAUUGAUCAGAGCUUUAGAGCUGCUGGACCCAGAGCUGCCCAACCAACUUUUGAAAUGUUUGUUUUAGAAGCCUGGGGUCGCUCUAGAUCGGACUCCAAUCGCGUAGUUUCGAAUAUUUUGUCGGGCCGCACCAUGACAUUCAUGCGAGUUUGUUUAGUUUUUUUCUUUUUUUCAUAAGUUUUUGUUUAGGUCGCGUACCACGUCUUCGUUUUACUCGGAGUCAGAGUCACCCGCGUGUAGGCUCAAAAACGAAAACGGUAUAGGUGAAAGUCAGGCGAUGUACGCUAUUCGUUUUGCUCUUGAGUUAUAAAAAUGGAUGCAAUGCAAAUGAGGUACGCGCAUUCGGCCCAAUCAUAGGGCUAUUGUACCAAUAGUCUUCUCAUUAGUAGAGCCACCAUUAUUACUCGACUUUUAAUCAACGAAUUGUGAUAAAAUCAAAUAGAAUAUCUUUGCUUCGGCUAUAAGAGGUAAUACCGUAGAAAAAAAUAAUUUGAACUCUUGGUUUUCGAAUAUGAGAUGACUACUGGAGCCGGUUCUCUUUCGAUUGUUGCAAAAAUUUUUUGCUUUUUCCGGUAAUUACUUCAGUGCAGAUUAAAAGAUGAUAGCUUUAGUUAUUAUCGGUAGAUAAUUGGAGAGAAGGGUUGCUAAGAAUACCGUAAUAAUCGAAAGAGAAAGUAAACAAAGAGAAUCUCUCAUUGUUACAUUCGUCGUUUUGAACAUUUUAUACAGAAUUCAGUUUAUUUUAUCUCACUCAAUUCCGACAGACAGAUUUUCUUGCCGAUCGAUUCCCGGCGAAAUUUCAUUCGGAGUCGGUGUAACAUAGAUCCGGAUUGAGUCGGAACUUCCACUUAGAUUCAGGAGAGAAUUUUGCCAAUUCCGCUUUGAUUCGUAAAUUAUGUUGAACUGGCAACAAUGCAACAAUCGUCUCAGGUAGAGAAUUUUUCCGAGCGAUAAUUAACGGCUUUAUUGCAGCCUGUAUCUUUCAGGUCAAGGCUAAUACAACUUCAGCGAAUCGGUUCGAUUUUAAUCUAUGGCAUUCAAAAUUCUUUUGUACAGUAAAAGAGGCUAUCAAGUUUACUUAAAAUACAAAGUUCUUUAUCUUUCAAUUCGAGUAAUCAUUUGUGAUUAACGUUGAAUUGUUAUUUCAAUCAUAAAAUCUGAAGCCGAUAAAAUAUCACUUGGUUUUUUGGCAUGGAUGUUAAAAUGUAUGAAAAUGAAACCAACAAAAUUCAAUAAAAUGAGGCUAAUACUGUCAAUGCUUUUUCGACAGCCUCGUCUAGCCGGGAUUCUGUCGGCUGCCGUAAUUCCUACCAAGCGGAAUAAAUCGAUCCUCACAGCAUUCUUAUAAGUUAUUUGAAUUGGAUUGCCGUUACUCUCUGAGUAAAAUUCAAUGCAAAUCUUUUUUUCUACACCUAGUAAACUUGUAAAACUCAUUUUCAAUCUAAAAAAGAAAAUUUUUAUCAAUAUUCAUCGAGAAAAAGAGUGACAAAUAAGACAGCAGAAAUGAAAAUUUGUGAACAGUAAUCGCAGGGACGGGACUCAAAUCAGUAACUUUGCAUAAACGAGAAAAACGUUUUGCGAAUUUAACUAUCCUGCGUAGUUCAAUUGGCAAAACCUUUUUCCCGGAUAGGAAAAGCUACGGAUCGCAGUCCCGUCUCAACAGUAACUUUUUCGCAAAUUUUCAUUUGUGAUGUCUCGUUCGUCAAUUUUUUUUUCAGGUUGUUUUUUCGUUAGAUACUUAUGUCGGUUGUCAAACCGUUUGUUUGAAACCAGUUUCGAAGCUAGUUUGAACGUCAUUGAACUCGAAUUCGAGUCAGUUUUGAACCUGAUUCUUAUAUCGGAUUUACUCACACCCGCGUUGCUAAGUGCGAACCCGACACAGUUUCGUGAAAAUUGUUUGUUUGAUGAAACUACCCUGGAUUGGUUCUCAAUCGAAAACGAAAUUGAAAUAAACCUUAAGAACAAGCUCAAGACGGCUCCACGUCUUUACAAGACUAAAAAUAAAUCGCUUAGUAAAAUUAAGAAUACUCUAAAAAUGAUAUACGAUUUAUCUAGUCCCGAACUAUGGAUUCCUAUGAUUUACCAGUCAAAACUAUUGUUAAAAUUGUCUGAGAACAGUGACUUUAUUGGGAAUACCGAUUGACAAACCGAAAAUGUUUCUCUUAAACAAUGGCGUUCAAUCUGUAACUGUUAAUCGUCGGAUAUUCUAUUGGUCUAAGAUUAGAGGAAGUGAAAACCGACCUUCUUAGCUAGAACGAACUCGAACAAAAGCAUAGAAUAAUGACUAAUGAAAAUGCAACUGAACCAGUCUUGGCACAACGGAUAUUACUCUUGGCUGGCUUAUCUAGCGGCAUGCAGUAGUUUAACGCACAACCUUGAAGAAAUAAUGCUAAACACUUGUUCCGUACUACUCUGUGAAUCAUUUGUUGAACUUAUUGUUUCUAAACAAAAUAAGAACCUUUUUCCAAACAGGUGCUGUGUAGAAAUUAUACCUAAUUAAGCGUACUUAGACCACUAACGCCACCACCUCUCUUAGGCUAACUCGUGAAAACAAAAGAAAAAGUAAAAAAAAACUACAAAAUAACCAAGAAUAAUCCAAAAUGGUGCGUCCUUUAAUGGCAAAACAAAAAAAAACAACUGAAUUAUGGGAGUAAUAGAUUGUGAUAAAUUUGUAUCUUGAGGUCUUACAAUAACACAACAACAACGUACAGUUAUCAAUAUUUGUUUGCAUACUAGUAGAUCAUUCCCUUCUGAUAGUGAAUUAACAAUGAAACCGGUUUUUCGUUGGUUGUUUUGUCAUUUCAUUUUUCACAUUUCCGAUUCUGCUAAGCAAUAUUUAAUGAUUUCUAUUGUUACUGGCCUACAUACCAAAAGCUCUCAAUUACACGUAAAAUAUUGACAUCAAGGUUACACUGGAAACAAAUGAUAAGAAAACCACUCAACAAAACAAUAAUGAAAAAAAAACUACCAAACGAAUGAGCAAACACAAACAUAAUUGUAAGUGGUAAAUUUGAAGUAAUGGAAAUAUCUGUAGUAAACACUAGAAACAAGGAGAAACUCUCCCGCUCUGUUUUAGACACAUACAAAUAUGAAUGAAGAACAAAACAGACACAACACAAUCAAAUUGUAUUUUACCAAAACCAACAAAAAAUUCUAAUGAAGUUUAUAAGGAAAACCACAAAAGGCAUAAGAAAUAAUUAUUGCAAAUACAAUAAAUUGAGAUCGUGAGAAAUGUUUUGCCUUUGAAAAUACUAUUUAUAUUAACAAUAGCAUCUAAAUCAAUGUAGCCAAAAAAAUAUAAAUAUAAAAAAAAUACUGAAAAGGUAAUCAUAACGAUAU